AUGGCUUGGACGUACCGAUGGUGCAGACCAGAAACUACGCUGGGUGGCACGACCGUUGCCCAGUCUCUAGGACCAAUGAGCAUGCUUUCCGACGCCUUUACCUUUUGGGCAUCAAUGCUCAAGACCAAGACACCAACGUUGAGUUUCAUCAUCAAUCCCCUCCCUACCCCAUCCGACGCGAAGACCAACGCCAACGGCAGACGACAUCACCUCGGAGCGCGCUGGGAAUCGAGAAACGACGGCAUGGGCCACCGUUCGUACGCUGAGCGGGGCAGCACCUCUUCCUAUGCCGUAGUUGCGCGUAUCCCGGGUGGUUUAGUCUUGCUUGCGGCCGAGAAUAUAUCUACAUACACGAGGCUAUCAAUUACGGGCUCUGGCGACGCGAAAGAACGUGUGCGGCUACCCCCUCUUUCACGUUUGUAUCCGCACCGAGCCAUUGAGCGAGCCCCGAGCGUUCUCCUUCGAGCCCUAUAUAUUACAUCCUCUACGAACUCAAUCCCGUUUCACACCCGGCCGAACAGCAAGCGACUCACGACCUCGCAUAACGUCUACGUCCGCUUUGACGUAUACUGCGACACCGGCCUGAUGAAUCCGAAAACCGCGUGCCAACAAAAUUGGAAAUCACCGCCAAAGGCAAGAUACGAGCUACUUUGGAUGACCAGCGUGACAAAGGCGAAAGGGGUAUUAUAUAGAGGUGUGUGCUUGCUCGCCAGGACAUCGAUAUGUCAUAUCGAAACGAAACGAAACUGGCGGCGUGAAAUUGAGCUGCAGGGACUUGGCGCAGCUAAUAGUCGAUACCGCGCGAUGGGGUGGGAGGGGAGGGUAGAAUGCAUGCCCUCAAGACACUUCGGUGAUGUCGAUGAGGGUUGGUCGUGAAUGACAGGUGGGGAGUGCGUGCCAUGGCUGAUCCACGCCAAGCCCGUUGUCGCUCCCAUUGCCUGCGUGAACCUCUCUCGCAACUGCUCCGCUUGCUGGAAGCUGAUAUACAGUGGUCGGGCCUGUAUAGAACCUAGACGAACGCCGUGAGAGGUCAUUGGACCUAUGUGGAUGCAGCUGAGCAGGGCAGGAGUUGAUGCAUAUGAGGGUGGGCGAUGUGGGUAAGAUGCGGAAAGAAUUUUUUCUCUUCCCUACAAGCCAACCUUUGCCUCUCCUCUCCU